AUGUAUCACGAUAUGAACGACAUAUGGGAAGACGAUAUAGAUGAGCCAACAAAUGGACAGAGUUGGGAAUUUGGAGAAAAACUAGCUUUAAGCAAUAUAAUUAAUUGUCAUUUUAAUCAAGGCUAUUUAAAAGGUAUAAUGCAAGCAAAAAAACUAUAUAGUGCGUCAGGAUUUGAAGAGAAUUACAAAAAAAGUGCGUUAUUAGGUGCUAAAGCAGGACGUCUCUUAGGUUUACUCGAAGGAAUACAAUUCUAUCUUGAAAAACGUGGAGAAACAGGAGAAAAUUUUGAAAAUCUUAAAAAAUGGAUUAAAAAAGUAGAAAAAGAAAUUGAAAUUAACAAAAUAUUUUCGAAAGAGUUUUUGGAAUUAAAUGGAUUAUUGAAAUAUGAUGAACACCCUAUUUUAGAGGGAUUUGAAGCAGAAAUCAUAAAUUAUUUAGAAGAUAUUAAACGUAAUGAAUAUAUUAAUACAACAAAAAAAAAUGACGAAAUACUUAACAUAAGAUCAUUAAUACCUGUUAUAGGUAUAUAA